CAUCAUACAGUGUGCAGUUUGCCCUCUCACAAGCUUAUCAGUGUUCCGCUGCUCUUGCUGUAGUGCAGUAUAGUACUAUUCACGGUCCGGAAGCUAGACGGAAUUAGCAAUUGAGUUAUGAUUUACGGAUGGAGUCCACCAAAUUGAAGUGCAUUCUGUGUAAAAAGUAUCCCAAUGAGGAAGUAUACGAAUGCAAUAAUCGUCACGUGGGAUGUAUAUCAUGUGUAAACAAUAAGGAUACUCGUCUAUGCCCGUGCACACAAACAUUCACCAGGAAGAAGCAGAAUCCGAUUGAAAAGCUGGAGAAACAGACUAAAAUACCCUGCGAGUUCAAGGAAUCCGGAUGCACUUGGUUGUUUGGAGUUUCGCAGCUGGAUAGCCACCAGCAGGAGUGCAAAUUUCGCCCGUAUCGUUGCAUUAUCGCAUCGCUCAAUGUUAAACCAUGUGAAUGGACUGGACCACAGCACGAAAUUGAGGAGCAUUUAGAGGAUGACCAUCUGGAGCUAGGGACUUCCUUCAGUUACUUUCAAGAAUCAGCGCAGGUUCCAUUCCGUGCGAAGGAAUCGAACACCGUGGUGAAACUGGUGGAUGCUUUCAGUAAGAACUUCAUGUUCUACUAUCGAUCGAACAUCGACAGCCGCAUGGUUUACUUCAUGAUCGUCUAUUUCGGACGUCGCGUGGAAGCUCAUCAGUAUUUUUACGAGUUCGACAUACGGUCGACGGCCAAGCACGGCGUUCCUCGAGCCAAAUUCACCCAACAGUGCGUGGCAGAUUGCGAAGACUUUGAACAACUGAUGGAACAGGAGAAGGAUUGCAUUGCUAUCUCGUUCAAAACCAUCCAACACUAUCUGCGUGACGGCAAUUCUAUUGAGUUUCGCUUCAUCGUAAAGAAGGUGGAGAAGGAUGUAGAUAAAGGGUCUGGUCGAGAGCGUAAAAUCUCUGAAAAGGGAAAGAAAGAGUCUCCAGGAAUGGAGGAGAAAAGCAGAACAAGAUACAUAUCCGGUUCAUCUGUGGAAGAUCCACCGUUGAAUAAGCAAAUCCCGAAAUAUGAAUAUCCUAUAUUUUGAAAAUAAAUCUGCAAAGAGUAUAAUUGA